AUGAGUAUCUUUUCCCGUAUGACGGAUAUCAUCAAUUCGAAUCUCAACGCGCUGUUAGAUAAAGCGGAAGAUCCGGAAAAGAUGGUUCGAUUAAUCAUCCAAGAAAUGGAAGAAGCAUUGGUAGAAGUGCGUAGCACCUCUGCUCGGGCGAUUGCCGACCGGAAAGAGCUUGAGCGCCGACGUGACUGGCAGGAAGCUGAAGCCGAGGAAUGGGAGCGCAAGGCUGAAGUAGCCGUCCGCAAAGGCCGCGACGACCUGGCCAAAGGCGCCUUGGUCGAAGGCAACAAGGCGCGCGAAGCAGUUGCCGCAAUGGCUGAUGAGCUUCAGGUGCUUGACGAAACCCUGGCUCGACUGAACGAAGAUGUGGGUGCUUUACAGGCCAAAAUUAAGGACGCAAAAGCACGCCAGAAUGCAAUUAUUGUACGUGGUAAAGCGGCACAGUCCCGAUUAGGUGUUCGCCGCACCCUAAGUGAUCACAAUAUCGAUGACGCGAUUGCUCGAUUUGAGCUCUACGAGCGCAAGAUCGAUGAUCUUGAAGGUGAGAUUGAAUCACAUGACAUGGGCCAGAAAACUCUGUCUGAUGAGAUCUCAGAUCUGGAGCAGAAUGAAGGUGUGGAUGACCAGUUGAGCGCGCUGAAGGGUGCGCUGACAGAAAACGAGCGUAUCGAACUGGACACGUUAGCACUGCAGGCUGAAAGGAUGCUCGAGCGAAUCGAUACCCUUGAGGCGAUUUUAGAUGCGGAAACGCCCGACUGGCGUAAGCGCAACGGUAUUGAACGCUAA